UUAUUAUUAUCGAGUUCUGUGUGAGAUCUGCCAAAACCCACCCCACCCUUCUCUUCCCUUGUUUCCACAAUAUUAUUCCCAAAUUAUUAAACAUUACAUAAUAAAAUUAAUUUUUAAAAAAUAAGAAUUAAAAACCCUAAGACCGUUUAUAUAUUUGGGCGUUGGACACCAAAAACGUCGUCGUUUUCCAAUGCGCAUCGCUACCUCUUAGAUCGAUCUUCUUUAACUUUCUUACAUAUUAAUAUAUAUAUAUUGACAGGUAUCUCUCUAUUGAUUUCGUCUUCGACAGAAAGGAAGAGGGGGAAGUACAAAGACGAAGAAGAUGAGGAUCCGGAAGAACGCGAAGGUCUCCCCUCUGCUAUUCUCGUCGCACGCUUCAGCUCCCGAGGUUCUGCAGUCGCACGUGUGCCAGCUCAACCAGUCUCCCUGGGAUGUGAUUCCUUUCGCCCAAUACUCUUUCUCCUACCAGAUAGAAGGGGAAGACAGUUUCACCGGGAAUGGGAGCCUAGGCGAUUCUAAUAUUGGAGCGGUAGAGAGUGUAUCAUCCUUGAUGGACGUGGGCGAAGACCCUAUGAUCAUUAACAAUAAUAAUGAUGAUAUUAUCGUCAAAAACGACAAUAAUUUUAUGGACACACAACUAUCGAACGACAACGAAUUAACGAGGCUUCAUCGAGCUUCGUCUAGUAGUAGCAAGAAUAGUGUUGGUGGGGUAUUAUUAUUGUGCCAGAAAAACGACGGCAAAGGAUGGCAAUGUAAAAAGGAAGCUAAAGAAGGUUACUCCUUUUGCGACCACCAUUUGACUCUCCUUAGGUCUUAUAGCCAUAACAGUAAUACUACUCCUAAUAAUAACUACGACACUACUAAUACUUCUACCAAGCCGAAAUCAGCUGCCAUGGAGGCCACCGGAGUUAGGCGGACGAGGGGACGCGCCGCCGCCAGCAAGAAGGGCUCGUCAAGUUUGAAUAAUUCGACUAACCCGUAUGAAUUUUACUAUUAUUCUGGGUUCGGUCCGCUGUGGGGAAGGAAGAGAGGGGAGAGAGGUGAAGUUAGGGCGGCGACAGUGGUGGCCGAGGAGAAUAGCGAUUCUUCGGAUCAUAGCCCGCCACCGCCGUCGUCGAAUACGAGUUUAAUGGACAACGAAGAAUUAGACUUUAUCGAUGACGAGGAUGAAGAUACUGCCAGCGGAGAUAAUGGCAAGAAACGGAUGCGGAAGCCGGUCAAGGCUCGAUCGCUGAAAUCCCUAAUGUAAAUAGUGAACCAACUUUUUAAAAUUUUAAGGAUUGAGGUUUAAAAAUGUCUUUUUUUUUUAAAAUUAUUAAUGUAUUGAAAUCAUCGUCGUUAAUUAAUGUAUUGAGGUUUAAUG